AUGUCUGCUGAUAUUUUCCGUGAUGAAACCCACAUACAAUCUAGGUCUAUCGCAGUCAUCAUCUGUAGCACUCGUCCCUCCCGCAUCGGUCAUUUGAUCGCACAGCAUGUCAUCGUCGAACUUGACUCUCAUCUCUCCAAGCUCGGGAGAAAUGAUCUUCAUCUGUCUCACAUUGACAUGCUCUCGCAUCCGCUAAAACUUCUCGAUAAGCCGGGCGUACCUUCUAAAUUUCCAGCAACAAACCCAAAUGCACAUUACACCAAGGCACACACUCUACAACUGGAGCUAUCCGGGGUAAUCAAGAACGCUAUGGACUAUCUCUAUGAUGAAUGGGCUGAAAAGCCCGUGUUUGUCGUAAGUUAUGGAGGAUAUGGUGGAGGCAAGGCCGCAGCGCAGCUCGUUCAAGUGUGUCAGGGGCUUAGAAUGAAACCAUUAUCUCAAACUGUGGGAUAUCGGAUUGAUCUCGUGGAAUCCUCUCAACUCUUAGAAUCCGGUAAAUUUUCAUCAGAACGACUACAAAUUUGGAAAUCUGAAAAUAUCGAAGAUAAAUUGCAAGCAAGGUUCUUGGAACUUGUUGAAUCGAUGCAAUAG